UCAUAUAGAGCACACAGGUUGAAUAAACAUACAUAUCAACAUCAUUUCUGGCAGAGCAUCAACUGCGGCAACAACGAAACUGAAAAAGUUCUUCACAUUCAAUAAACAAAAGCCAAAUGCGAACUUUUAUUCAGUGCAAGUAAAUUUUCCAGCCAAAGAAAGUGUAUUUUAAAUUUAUUCCUCCCCUCAAAAAAGAAAACGAAAUAAACCACACAGCUAGCAGCUUACCAUACAACAAGGUCAUCAUCCAUAACCAACCAAAAAACACCGCAAUGAGUGACGCUGGUGGCAAUCGAAACUUAAUAAGAAGCCUCAUCAACGCUGCAGAAAAAGCAGCCAACAUUGCCCGUAUAUGCCGUUCCAAUAAGGCAUUACUAUCACUUUUGGUCCAGGAAAAGAAGGGAGACGAUGCAAAUGCCAGAUUCGAACAUGAUUUCAAAACUUUGGCUGAUGUUCUCAUCCAGGAGACCAUAAAAUACGAUGUGGGUGCUGAGUUUCCUGAAAUGAAAGAUAACAUACGGGGUGAGGAAUCGCCAAAUUUUACAAAUGCCAAUGGAGAAUCUAUUGCUAUUGCAGUUGGUCCCGGCGCUAGUGAAACCGAGUCGUGUUUGUUGGCCAUUCUGCAUAAUGGUCAUGAAGAAGCUGCCCGCAUUUUAGCAACUGAAGUUCAUCGUGAGAUUGCUUUUGAUCAAGAACAACCAGAGGAAAUUCCCGAAUUGCCAAAUGAUGCAGUGGACUAUACAAAUUUGGGAGUUUGGAUAGAUCCAAUUGAUGCCACUGCCGAAUACAUUUCUGGCGAUACAAUGUUCACAAAUUUUCCCGGCAUUACAUCCACCGGUUUAGAUUGUGUCACUGUUCUUAUAGGAGUUUACGACUUGACUUCCGGCAUACCUCUGAUUGGUGUUGUAUGUCAACCCUUUCGCAAUAAGAUCGAUGACAAUGUCUACACAUCAUCCAUGUAUUGGGGCAUAGCUUUGGAUAAUUUUCAAGCUCAUAGUAAAAAUUUAAAUAAUUCCCCCAAAAGAAGCGGUGGUCUUUUAGGUAUAUUCUCUAGCUCCGAACGUGCUGAAUUACUACAGCAAAUGUUGGAAAUUGGUUACGAAUUUGCAUUUUCAGCCGGUGCAGGACAUAAAGCCCUUAAGGUGAUAACCAAUGAAGUAGACAUUUAUGUAUUGAGUAAGGGCUCCACUUUUAAGUGGGAUACAUGUGGUCCUCAGGCCAUUCUACGUUCCUUAAAUGGAGAUAUUGUGGAAUUUCAAACAAGUAUUAAGGAAGGCAAACCAGUGCCAUUGAAAUAUAUUGAAGUGGUGGACAAUGAAGAGGAUGGCAGUAUUGCCGACUGGAAAUGCAAUAGCCAGGGUCUAAUAGCUGUAAGAGAUAUGAAAUUGUUUGAAGACUUGCUGGUGAAAUUGGCGGAAAGUUAAGUGCAUGCUUAAACUACAGUUGAAGAUACUCAUAUGAGCUGCAUGUUAGAAAUGUUAAUAUUCCAUUAUUAUUAUUUUUUUUUUGUUGAAUUGGUCCAGAUAUUCCUAAAUAUUUUUGAUGAUGUGUAUUUAAAAAAAAUAUAUAUUUAUAAAAAAAACUAAUAAUUUAUAUACAAUAAAUACAUGUAUACACAUAUGACAAAGUUA